GAGGCUCCCGGCCGCCGCGACCUGGGAGGUGAGCUGAAAGCUUUUUCAAUGACGGCAGCCGCAGGCUUGGUGGUGCGCGGACCGCGACGCCUCCUUCCGCUCCUAACAUCUAUGCAACCUCUGAAAUGGUUCCCCGAGACCCCAGAAAGGGGCGGAACCCGAGCCCUGCGGAGCUCCCGGCGGCCAGGCCUCAAGGCGCAGCGGCCGCGCGGCGCGCCUCUGCCUGCCGGCACCAUGAACACCAUCGUCUUCAACAAGCUCAGCGGCGCCGUGCUUUUUGAGGACCGCGGUGCUCCCGAACGGGAAAGGGGCAGCCGGCCCUAUGGUGGCGUCCUAGACAGUCCCCACGCCCGCCCCGAGGUGGGCAUUCCGGACGGCCCGCCCCUCAAGGACAACCUCGGCCUGAGGCACCGCAGGACUGGGGCCAGGCAGAAUGGCGGGAAGGUGAGGCACAAGCGGCAGGCUCUGCAGGACAUGGCGCGGCCCCUCAAGCAGUGGCUUUACAAGCACCGUGACAACCCGUACCCCACCAAGACCGAGAAGAUCCUCCUGGCGCUGGGCUCGCAGAUGACGCUAGUGCAGGUGUCAAAUUGGUUUGCUAAUGCAAGACGUCGGCUUAAGAAUACUGUUCGACAGCCAGAUUUAAGCUGGGCUUUAAGAAUAAAGUUGUACAACAAAUACGUUCAAGGAAAUGCUGAGCGGCUUAGUGUAAGCAGCGACGAUUCGUGUUCCGAAGACGGAGAAAAUCCUCCAAGAAACCACAUAAAUGAAGGGGGCUAUAAUAAUCCAGUUCACCAUCCUGUGAUUAAAAGUGAGAGCUCAGUCAUAAAAGCUGGAGUGAGGCCAGAGUCACAGGCCAGUGAGGACUACGUAUCACCCCCAAAAUACAAGAGCAGCUUAUUGAAUCGUUACCUUAACGACUCUUUGAGACACGUCAUGGCCACAAACGCUGCCAUGAUGGGAAAGACAAGGCAAAGAAACCAUUCGGGAUCUUUUAGCUCCAACGAAUUUGAGGAAGAAUUGGUGUCUCCUUCAUCAUCGGAAACCGAAGGCAACUUUGUCUAUCGUACAGAGAGUGAACUGCUUGUCUGGAGAUACCGAUGGCUGCUGUUCCUUUCUUAGACCUAACACUGCCGCCCGGUAGCCGGGACUGAAUGGAAAAUAAUUUGUGCAUAUAGGAUGUUAGUAUUCCUUUUAAAAAUGAGCUUCUUUCCUAUUUUUGUGCAAGUACUUGGUUAUGUCUUGGUCCAAUCUAACAAGAUUUGCAAAUUUACUUUUCCUCUGUAAGAAAUCACCCAGCAAGUGAUUGAGUAUUGGCUUGGAACUUAAAGGGUUUUCAUUACUUUAAUAUAUCACCUGCCCCACCCCGGCCCCCAUGCUUGGAAAGUAAACUGUGUGGUCAUCCGCAUGUCCCCCAUGUUUUCUGACACCACUUACCUUCCUCUUUGAGGCAGCUCUCACAGGACCUACAUGUCAGGCUGUGAAAGUCAUUUCUUUUGAGCAGCAGCAGCCUUCUCACCGGGCUUGCUGUUUCAUCAGUGGCUUUGUCAUGUGGCUGGGCUUCAGAAGAGAAUUUCAUACUCCCUCAUUUUCCUGGAUUCAGUUCUCUGACUACGCGUCGAAUCUGAGAAAUCUGCCCUUUCUAGAAUGUUUGUGGGUGCAGUUUCACAUUGAAAGCUAAUGAGGCUUAAAUGUAUUCUCUUGCAGAGACUGGUAUGAGGAGGACAGUAGUUUCCAGCACAUGUUAUGGAUUUGUUUGCUGACCUUAAAGGCAUGCACAUUUAGAAAGAUAUUCCAUAUAUACACAUACAUACACACACACACAUGAGAUCAUCUUUUGUGAAUCUCAAACUCGGUAAAAGAAGACAAUGGGGGAAUGUGCCGUAAGGUACAUGGGUCGAUUCGGUUCUUUAGAGGGGAAGGCUUUUGGAGAUCUCUGCUUAUUAAGUGUAAGCGGCAGUUGCUAAAACAGUGGCAGUGCCCUCCUUUACGUAAGUUCCCUUUACGGAGCGUUUAUCAAAGCAAAUUUAGUAAAUUGGAAUAAAAGCCAAAAUAGAAGGCAUUAAAUGAAUCAGUCCAAACCUAAUCCUUUCACAGACAUGGCCUAAGCUGGUAGAGGGCCUGGCACAACACAGCACCUGGGGCUCCCUUGACAGACCACAGUUCCGAAUGAAGGGCUCCAGCCCUAAGUUAAUUCAAUAACAAAACGAGAGUCAGGGUUGAGAAUAUAUCCAUUUCAGUGGAGGAAAACCCUUCAUAAUUAUAUAAAUUAAACUGAGCAACCCAGAAAGUGACAGCAUGUGUUCCAUUUAUCAUUUUUCUCAUUAGGUAAAUUUCAGAAGGCAGAACUGUCUCCUUCUGGUUCACUAAGGUAUUACCAGCUGUUAGCAAAGUGCACUAAAGAUCUGUUGAUUGAUUAGUUUACUGACUGAUAGCCGGGGAAUAUAAGUACUCCCACCUCGGAAAUGGUCUUAGUUUGGAGAGGAAAGUAUGUACACCUUUUGUUACAUAAAUACAACAGCAAGCAAAGUAAAUAUGAUGGGCCAGCAUCAAUUCUUAGGUAAUCGGGAACAGACUGUAUGCUGUGGAAAUGGUUUACAUUACUCCAAAAGCAAAAUUGUGCGUUUAGUGUAAGCUAUGGUGGUAAAACAUUGAGCUUUUGCUUUCUACCGAUAGUAUAAACAUGACUCCAAGAUGCAGUCUCUGGAAAUAAUUUAGUUAACUCUUAUUUUUAUAUGCAUGUUCUGUUCUGGAGAAUUGUUGCAAAAGUUGAUGGAAAGUUAUUUUCUUUAAGUGACAGUGUGUUUACAGAAAUUCCUUGAAAUCUUGAUGGUUAUUGAAAAGACUGAAAUAAAUGUUGCCUCAAAGUGCCUGUUGCAGAGCUACCCCACACCUUCCAAACCAGUACCAUACUUUGUUAGUAAAUCACCUAAAAUCCAUAAAGGUCAGGGAGACGGCUCCCUUUGUAAAAUGAAAUAUUUAUGUUUCAUUCCCAAAAACAUAUUGUGGAUCGUUUUGGUGUUUUCAGUUGAAGGUACCUAGUAAAUUAUUCCAAAAUUAUGGAGGCCAAAUGUCAUUCUCUCCAAAAGUUUGUGUAAUAUCUAUUUAUCUGUGGGCAGAUGACUGCACAGUAUAAUAGUAUAAUCAGAGGCAGACUUUGUCAUGUUAAGUCUAAGUAAACACAGCUGAACAUAAGCAAGUUGGACUACAAGGUUUUUUUUUGAGCUUUGCCAACAGCAUAUGACCUUGGAGAAUGCUGCUUUUUUACUACAAUCUGCUUUCAAUGGAAAAAUAAAGAAUUCUUUUUGUUUUGAAUUAACAAGUGAUGAUUAGAAGCUUGUUAUGUUCUAAUUUUUCUAUGCAAGACGAAUGAACAUCAUGGACGCACCCAACAAAAAGCCACCUUCCUGAGGGACUUGGUCCCCAUCAGGGAGCUGAAUAUAAGCUGCCAGAGUGGAAGCCAUUUAAACGGAGCUUCUUGCUAAAAGACAACCUUUUUGUGUUUAUUCGUGCUUUGUUCUUUGUCUUUGUGCCAUUUCAACAGAUUGAAAUUGUGGUUCCAGAUGCCACUAGAAAAUGAACUUUAUUGAUUUAUCCAUUCUAUAAGAAGCGUCUGUCCUCAACAGCAAAGAAACUUUUGUGUUGUCAUUAACCUUUCAGUUUUCAAUAGAAACUCUCAUGAACUUUUGGCUUUCCACAAGUCCCUUCUCCCCAUCCCUUUUUUUAAAAAACUUUUUAAAUGUUUUUAUUUAUUUCUGACAGAGAGAGAGAGAGAGAGAGAGAGAGAUAGCACAUGAGCAGUGGAGGGGCAGAGAGAGAGGGAGACACAGAAUCUGAAGCAGGCUCCAGGCUCUGAGCUGUCAGCAAAGAGCCUGAUGUGGGGCUUGAACUCACAGGCCCUGAGAUCAUGACCUGAGCUGAAGUAGGAUGCUUAACUGAGCCACCCAGGCACCCCUCCCCACCCCUUUUUUUAAAAUGCAAGUUUCUUUUCAGUCACCUAAUACCUUCUUCUUUUAGCCUAGUACGGGGUGCAAUAUUAUAUUCUUUUAAAGGGUGCUUUGUGACUAAAAUAAGUUCCUAUUAAAUAUUUCAUGUCAAAAGGUGGACUUUAAGUGAUAACUUUGGUAAAAGAUGGAUUAGUGGAGAUUUAUCUUGAAACAUCUAGCUUUUUCAAUAUUCUCUCACUUGGCUAGCGGCCAGACAGAUCGGCUCUUCCCGUUCCUUCACUCAAGGAAACUAUUUUUUCCCCUUCCCCCUUCGGGUGUACAUUUCCUUCUCAGAGUAAAUGCAGUAUGUCUUAUGGGUGUGGGACUAAUAAAGAUUUUUAAAUAAUUCACUUUUCAAGAUUGGUAUUUUACACACUUUUUAAAAUCAUAUAUUUGAAUAAUAUUAACAGAGCACAUGGAAAAAUAUUUAGAUCUAUGUGCUUCUGUAUUUAGAUUCCUGUAAGACCCACCCUUACUUAUUUGUAUACCUACUUUUCCUAUAUGUUGAUGAAUUUCCAUGGUAAAAUAAAUGCUUUCAGUUGAAAAUAUCAAAAAAUUCCUAAAAAUUAUCCAGAAACACAGUUUUCUCUUUUACGUUAAGGGUGGCAUCAUACAUCUCUAUGAAUCCAUCAACAUCCACACCUGAAGGUUGUCAAAGCAUCUCAUACUCUCAACAUGUCAGAAUCGGACAUAUUAUGGCCUGCCUCCUCCAAAGGGAAAUUUGUUUUUCUGCCUUUCUUCCCUGACUCAGAGAAUGUCAUCACUGUCCACCCAGUCAUCCCAGACAAAAAUUUAAGGGACAUCUCAGACUCCUGCCUCCCAUCCCUGCACCCACCUAGUCAUUCAACAAGUCUGCCCCCUUAUGUCUCAAAUCUUGGCUUGCCACCCCCACUGCUACCUCCUUAAUUCAAGGACUCCUCACUUCUACUGCAGGUCCCUGCCAUGAUCCUGCCUGGCUCCUCCAAUCAGGUCUUCCACUAGGGCAAGAGAGGGCUUUCUAAGACCCAGAUCUCAUCAUACCACUGCUAAAUAUCCUUUGCUCACUUCCCAUACCUUUCAGGGUAGAGUUCACAUUCUUUAUCUUGGUACACAAACCCAUAAACCCCUCAGUGCCUGGCCUCUGCUAAUCUCUCUUGGUUUAUUUCCCUACUGCCCUGUCUCAUGCCUCAUUCGUUUCAACUACGCCAAAAAGAGUUUCCCAAAGGAGCCAUACAACAUCAUGACAUUGUGCUUUCACACAGCCAGCCGUUCCCUUUCCUUGGAAGGCUUUUCCCCAUGUUCUUCCCCUGAGUAACUCCUGCUCAUCUGUACCCCAGGCCUGUGCUUUCCCAUCUUUUCCAGGACUUGGCACUCAAAUGAUGAUAACAUUGGUUGGGCGUGCUGGCAUGCAUGGAGGCUUCUACCUGCUGCCCAAGGGUAUCUUCUCCUUUCACGACCCACCCCCACCCCCACCAACCUUGGCUUCCUCCCUUCCUUGCUUCCACAGCACUUCCCAUCAGGAGCUGUUGUCAUUUAUUUUUCAAAGUAUGAGUUGCUUAGGGAUGAAAUCCAUUUGUGGUCUGUAUUUCUAAGGCCUGCAACAGUGCCUGGCAUAUAAGAUACAUUCAGUAAAUAUUUGCUGCAUGAACCGUGGACUCAUGAAUAAGUAAAUAAUGUAAAUAAAGACAACUUGGAGAAGAGCAAAUUCUGUUGCACUGAACAUUAAAAGAUUUGGCUUCUAGUACUAACCCUAUUGUUUACUAACAAUUUGGCCUUGGACCUGUCAUUUUUUCUGAGUCUCAAUUUCCACAUUAUAAAAUCGGGUAGAUGAUAUAUGCGCACAAAGGAAAUGAGAUAAAUUGCACAUUUAUGACUUGCAAAAUGCUCAAUAAAAUAUUAUCAACACCUGAAUUGUGUUAACUUAACCUAGCCCUUAACUAUGCCCCCAAAAGGCAGGGGGGAUAUAGGGAAAUAAAAUGAUAUGUACAAAGUAUAAUUUUCCAUUUGACACAAGAAGAUAAUUCGGUUUUCUACAGUUCAGAUUCACUGUAAUGCGGUUAUACAUUCUCUAUCAAAUGCCAGCCAUCCAAAAUGACAAAAAAAUCUAGAAGAAAUCAAGUGUUCUUCCUAUUCUGACAUGCAGUGGGAAGAACUUUUAAUAAUUAUCAGUCUCUUUAACAUAUCAUGAGUAUUUGAAAUUAUAUAUUCUUUCUCCAAUCAAUCAAGAAUUUAAGGAUAUCAAAUACAGUUGUUUAGGAUAAAGCAGUGAUGCAAUUAACAUCUUUUAAAUAUUAUUUAAGUAGUUACUUUAUUCCUUGUGAAAAGGACAGGUAUAUAAGUUAGUCAGAUCUUCAUAGAAAAUUCUUCAUAACAAAUAUAAGAGAAGUAGCUUGUAAGAAUUGGGAAUUUCCAAAGCUGUUUCCCCAAAUUCAAGUGCUAUAUUCUAUCUUGAGUAAGGGCCUUCACAUUUAAAACUUUCUCCAAGCAAUUAAGAGUAAACACUGCAACAUAGCUGUAUGAUUGUGUGGUAACACAUGAAAACCACUGGUCCAAUAGCUGUUACAUGGGCCUACCCCAAAAUGAGCAGCAGAAGAGCAGUUGCUGACAUAAUCCUGGAAUUUGCCUUGGUAUGCUCAUUCUCACUUUCACCGAAGAUUCCGUGCUCAUGUUUUGCAUAUUAUGGCUACUAGAGCAAAUGAAGUGAUAUUCUCUAAGCCAUUGCAAAACUGAAGCCUUCAUAAUAUGCAGUCUUGCUGCUUUGAGAAUUCUGCACACCAGAGCAUCGUAGACAUAACAUGGCUGUCCUUGAACUAGCUUAGAUGAUUCAAAUACAGAAACUAUUUCAACUUGUUAUGUUACUUGUUAUCUGCUCCCCUUCAAGGUAAAUCCAACAUUCAUCAAAGAUUGCUACCAUUAGAAAGAACGUAUUUCCAAUUGCGGAAUAAUUGUAGCUGCUGUGUAUUGAGUAUUACUGGGUGCCUUGUGUCUUACAGUGAUUAUUUCUAAUUUCUACAGAACUCCUCAUUGUUCAGUAUUUUUUGUAUCUAUCUUGCAGAUGAGAAAAAAGAGGCUCAGAGAGAUGAAGUAACUUGCCCCACACCACAUGCUAACAUGCAGCAUAACUGGGAUUCAGACCCCAACCUAUCUGCUUCCAAAUCUAUACACAACAGUGUAUCUUACUUUGGGGGGAAUCAAGUGUGGUUAAGUGAUUGCAUCCUUCACAGUUUGCACUGAUUAGCAGGGAACAGGUGUACUUAAUUCAUGAUAAACCGAAACAAAGGCAUGAAUCCCAUUAAAGCAGCUGAAGGAAUUGAAUAACUAAUUGGUUAUUCUCUUUCUGUGUGCCUCCAAGACUGCUAAAGUUAACAUGGGAUCCAAUUUGAAAAAUUCUUCAAUUAAUCAUAAACUCUGACUCCCAUUUCUUUUUUUUUAUAUACGAAAUUUAUUGUCAAAUUUGUUUCCAUACAACACCCAGUGCUCAUCCCAAAAGAUGCCCUCUUCAAUACCCAUCACCUACCCUACCCUCCCUCCCACCAUCAACCCUCAGUCUGUUCUCGGUUUUUAAGCCUCUUAUACUUUGGCUCUCUCCCACUCUAACCUCUUUUUUUUUUUUUUUCCUUCCCCUCCCCCAUGGGUUUCUGUUAAGUUUCUCAGUUCUAAAGCAACCUCUUGAUAGAUGCUUUCGACACUUGCCCCCAUGCAACUCCCAUUACUUCCUCUUUUCUUCAGUAUAAAAAUCAUCUUUUUUCUAUUUCUGGGACCACUUUCUGCUUUUUCUAGCCCUGCCAAUUAUUUUUAUUACUAUAAUGAUUAUUCAUGUGAAUAAUUAAAUGCAUUUUUACCUAGGGCUCUUCAUCACUGCUCAUCUUUCAUUUCUUUACUCUUUCUUCUCCUAUGAGCUCCUAUAAGUCAACUCACAUUUCUUGUUUCUUUCACUUUGAGAGUAUUCUUGGUCAUCUUGUCCAAGUGAGAAUCAAUGUAUUAUGUUGUCUAAUAAACUAUCUAUCUUAUAGAACGACUUUUAUAAACCUCCUAAAGUAGGCUGAAAAUCAACUGGAAACUAUAUACAGCUACUUCAAAUUUGGAAAAUAAGAGAAAUACUUUUUCUAAAAUGCCUUACUGGCCAACUCCAUCUUCUCACCUCCUGUUCUCAUCUGACACUGAGGUCUGUGUAACUAAGUGCUGCCCUGAGGCCUGAAACAAUGGCUCACUUCUUCAUGUGUGUUUUGUAACUUUUGUUCAGCUCCCAUUGUGGGUGGCCUAGGAAGGAUGGUUUCUCCUCCAAUGCUCAGUAGACGCCUUCAGCAACCUUGGCUUUGGACCCAUGUGCAACCUGUAUGCAUAAUAGAGAGUGGUGCACUCGAGCAGGGAAUUAACUGGGUGUGCAUCUGAAAUAACAGAAGAUGUCAUGAACAAUGGUGCUGUGGUUCUUUUCUAGGGUCAGGGGACUUCACAGUUCUUGGUUUCUUGUGCAAAACUAGUCUGCCCUUGAAUACCAUCCCCUCUUGCUUCCACCUCCUGGGCGUGGAAAAGUGACUAGAACUACCAAAUCCUAUUAGGGAGGGGAGAAGGCCACAUACCUACAAGAGUUUGGGAAUCUUACAAGGAAUGUAUGAUUUUUCUGGCUCUUAUUAGUCUCCCCCCACCCCAAAGAAAAGGGCAAUUUUUUUGUGUGCUUUCAUGAUGAAAAUAUGUAGUUUGUUUACUCUUAUGUAUGAGAGCCAGGCUCUUUUAUACAAUACUUUGAUUCAAGGCAAUAAUGACUAUCUUUUUCUCAUUUCUUAUUCACCAUCUAUUUCUGGGUGUCUGGACAAAAUUUAUAAUUGAAUAAUUUCAUUUUUAAAUUAUUUUUAAGAAUGUUUCGUGUAUUCUAUCACCAGAAACAAAAGAGUGGGUAAGUGGGUCUAGUUUGUUCUGGAAAUGUAACUUUUGCUUUCUUUUAUUCUUUGCACAACUUUCUGCCUUUCCCUUCUAUCUCUCUUUUGUUUAAAAUUGGUUUAGGAGGACCUGGGUGGCUCAGUUGGUUGAGCAUACAACUCUUUAUUUUGUCUCAGGUCAUGAUCUCACGGUUUAUGGGAUUGAGCCCCCCACAGAGCCUACUUGGGAUUCUCUUUCUCCCUCUCU